CUCGUGUUUCCUACGGCAGGUCUACACCGGAAGUAGCGGCGACAUGGAGAGCGCGGUGAGCUGCAGGGAACCGUUCACCAGGACCGAGCUCUUUGACUGUUUAACAGAUACGUACCGAUGUUUUCUGACGGGCUCAUGUCCCACCCGAAGUCCUGCUGAUAUGGCGGGUAUGAUAUUUACCGGGGUGUGUGAACUGGUGCCCAUGGAGCUGACCUGCAUCAGUCUGACCCUGGUGGAUAAGAUGAUCCACCUGAGGUCUCAGAGCCAACCUCCAGAAGUCUCAGUAUUCUGUGCUGAGCUUCUGAGGGUGUUGUUUCAAGACAUGGAUCUUAUGUCUCAACUUGUCCAUCAGUUCCAGAAUGAGGACCAGAUUAUCUCUCAUCUGGCUGCAAAGAGUGUAUCAACGUGUGCAGUCUAUCAUCUCCACAAAUCUGGUACAAUCAGUCCUGUCUGGCACCAGAAGUGUGUGCAAGCAUUUCACAGCUCUCCCCCAGGUGCUGAACUGGAUGCCUGUCUGUGGUCACUGACUGAAGUCCUAAAAAGACUUCUUAAAGCAGCUGAUCCAGAGAUCCUUGAGAGACUUCUGGCAGCUUUUGACUCAAGUCUAAGUGCUUUAUGUUCAAAGUUUCUCCCUGAAGAGAGAAAAGAAGAAACACAGUGUCUGGUGGAUUUUACCAGCAGCAGCAGAUCUUGGGGAACAACGUUCUGUCUCCUGCUGGACCUGCUGGAGGCGCUGACGGCGUCCACUUCAAUAUGUGGAGCUGGUCUGAGGAGCCAGAGAUUAACCCACAUUCACUCCUCAGCACUCCUGACCACAAUCAGCUCCACCUCAGAGUACUUUGUCAAAAAGCGAGCGCUGCUGCUUCUGAAGAGAGCUGUGCUCCAGAAAGCUGGAGAGGACUGGGCUUUAGGAGAAGUGCCGUCCACUGUGAUGAAACAUGAGGACUUUAGCUCUGAUAUGAACAUGCUAGCUCAGACUGUGUUAACAGCAGUGGAUGCUAACUGGCUGCAGAGUGUUCAGGUGGAGUCUGCCUCUUUCUUUGGGGGAACCAGACACAUCCGAGGUGAUGAAGGUCAGAAACCAGACUGUGUGAUGCUGAGAGCUGUCAGCCUGCUGCUUCUCAAGUCCAUGGAGCUUCACAUACAAACAGCAGGUAGAACAGCAGGGGUGGACAGCUCCAUAGAAGUUCAUGGAUAUCUGCAGAGUCUGUGGAGCUUCCUGGGGCGGUGCAGUCUCCACCUGAUGGAGGUUACUCACUCCUGCUCCUGGGUCAGUCUGCUGUUUGGAGAACAGGAUGAUGACAUGACGGAGGCAGCUAAAGCCUUGCUCUCCAUAUUCCUCCAUCACAGACUCUGUUCUGGGUUGGAUGAGUUUGCUGUGUUGGAGGCUGCCUGUAGCUCUGGCUGCAACCCUCACUGCCACUUCCUGCUCCUGCUCCAGAGUAUCUCUUUCGACCACAGCAUCCUCCUUGACUUUCUCAUCUCUGCUGAAACCUGCUUUCUGGAGUACUUUGUGCGGUACCUCAAGUACCUCAGAUCUGACUGGCAGGGAUUCACUGCAGCAUGUGAACGAGUUUGCAUGUCAGGCUGUCAUUUUUCACCCCAGGAGUCAAUUACACCAGGUGAUAUGUCUGCGCUGAAAUAUAAAGGUGCGUCAGAUCACAAUGAAUUUAGCUCCUGUGUCCAGCCCACAGGUGUCCUGCCAGUGGAAAGGAUCGGUGCAAUAGCUGGGCUUUGCCUUGUAGAGUAUGACAGCUCUGAUGAGUCUGAUCCAGGGAGUAUGGAGACUUCUGAGGUUGAACCAGGGGUGUGUGUAUGUCAGAAAAGUCAAUGUACAGACUUGGAUGUGAAACAAGGGAAUAGUGGACCACCAGUAUUUACUGGACAGAAGCAGUAUGAGUCAUCUGAGUCCACAGGAUUACUUCGUGAAACUAACUCCACAUUGGAGGGAGGACCAGGAGGACUUUCACUGCCAUUAUUACAGAGUAAGAAAACAUUAUCCACUAACAUGGCACCUCUGUCAGGACACGUGACAGGUGAAACAUCAGCCAGAGCAGUCCUCUGUCUGUCAGAGCUCAGAGAGGUGGUGACAAGGCUGCAGACAAAGAAACUCUUCCCAUACAACCCUUCUUCACUCUUAAAGCUCUUGGUACAAGUGGAGAACUGUUCCCAUCAAUCACAUCUGUUACAGUUCAGUAAAUGAGAAAGAUAUAUAACAUGUUUUGUUCUGUUUUGUAAUGAUGACAUGGAAGCUAAAUAUAAUAUAUAUUCAGAGAUUUA